CAGCAUUGCAGACAUAAAAAAUAUUAAUUUAAUUUUCUGAAUUUAAUUUCAAACUGCAAAAGUUGAACACUGAUUAAGCAAGCCAUAACCUAUUUAAUCUAUAAAGAGUUAUUAAUACAAAAGUAAAAAAGACAAUUUUAUAAAAUGUCUGAAACAGGCAAAAAAUUGAAUGAAUUACGUGUAUGUGACCUUAAGGAAGAAUUAGAAAAAAGAAAAUUGGACACAAUUGGACCAAAGUCUGUUUUAACAGAACGAUUAGAGAAGGCUCUUAAAGGGGAAGGCUUGGAUCCGGCAAAACAUGUUUUUAUUACGGGCAAGGGUACUCCUAUGAAAAAGGCGGCCGCUCCUAAAUCUGUUGCAGCAGAAAUUAAAAAUGAUAAAAAUAAAUCUCUAACUAAAGAACCUAUAGAGGAAGUUCAAAUAAAGGAGGAGCCCAUAGAUCAGGAAGAAGAACCACAAAAUGAUGACUAUGAACACGAUGAUGAUGAAGUCGAUCAAGUAGGCGAUGUUGAUGAUGAAUGUGUCAUAGUAAAUGACAUAGAUGAUAUUGAAGAUGAUGUUGAAAAUGAUGAAGAAGCUCAUGAAGAGGAAGAACAAACCAAUGAACAUAACGAUUCGGAUGAAUUAUUAAAUAACGAAGAUGAAACUAAUGGUGAUGCUGGCAACAACGACAAUGAAGAAGGUAUUAAUUUAACAAUUGGUGAGGAUGAACAGCAGCUGCUACAUGACGAGGCACCUGAUGACAAAGAGAAGACGGCUUCUAAUCCAAAAGACAAAUCAUCCUCAAAGGAUGGUAAAUCAGAAAAAUCCAGCAAAGAUGAUAAAAAAUCUAGCCACAAAGAUAAUAAAGAUAAAAAGAAUGAUAAAUCUAGCGACAAAAAGGAAGAUGAUAAGUCGAAGUCAAAGGAAGAUAAAGAAAAAUCAUCAUCCAACAAUGCCACCAAUUCAAAAUCAGCCAGUGGUAAAUCAUCUUCAUCGAAUACAUCACGCAACUUGUGGGUAUCCGGUUUGUCAUCGUUGACACGAGCCAGUGAUUUGAAAACGAUUUUCUCAAAAUAUGGUAAAGUGAUUGGAGCCAAGGUAGUGACGAAUACACGUACACCCGGUACACGUUGUUAUGGCUAUGUGACAAUGUCAUCAUCGAGUGAUGCCAGCCGCUGUAUUGAUCAUUUGCAUCGCACAGAAUUACAUGGACGUAUUAUAUCUGUGGAACGUACAAAAAAUGAAAUUGGUGGUAGUUCAGCAAAUUCUGCAAAGGAUGGUGGUGGUGGCAAAACUUCUGGUUCAUCGCGUUCAGAGUCCAAAAAGCAAGAAGAUGAUAAGAAAUCGUCCAGCAAGGAUGGUGGUGGUAAAUCAUCGCAAGAUGAUGGUAAACGUAAAAGUGAUGCGGGUAAGAAAGAUGAAAAUGGUGUUGUUAAAAAAGAUGAUAGAGAUAAAACUUCACGUUCCAAAGAUGAUAAAGACAAGAAAGAUUAUGCCAAAGAUGCCGGUCGCAGUGAAAAGGCCCGUUCCGAGACUUCAUCUACAAAACAUCGUUCAAUGCACCACAACAAUGAUCGUCAACGAGAGCAGCGUCAACGAGAACGCGAGCGUAUGCGUCAAAGGGAGAUACUUUCGUAUAAGAAAAUACGCGAAGAACGAGAACGCCAGCGAAUGCGUGAACGUGAGCGUGAGAUGCGUGAAGAAGAAGCACGUCGUAGAGAAUUAAGAGAACUAAGAGAACGUCAGCGCUUGGAGGAACAACGUUUAGCAGAGGAGCGUAGAAAAUUGGUUGACGAACGUAAACGUUUGGAACAAGAAAAAGCUGAAUUGUUGCGUUUAGAACGCGAACGCCAGAAGUUGGAGCGUGAGAAACUUGAAUUGGAACGUCUAGAAAUUAAACGUCAACAAAUGAAAAUUAUGGAGACUCGCGAUGAUCCUAUUAAACGUCUAAACAAACGUGGUGGUGAUGAUCGUUAUACCGAUGAUCGUAAACGUACUUCAGGAAUAGAUCGUUAUGAUGCCCCUCCUCCACCAAGAUUUGAUGCUUCUUUAGCUCCCUCAAGAAGUACUCACAAAAGAGAUGAUUAUGUCAGCACUUCUACCAACAAACGUAUAGAUGACUACACUCCAUCUUCAUCGAAGAGAAUUGAUUACAGCAGCAGUGGUGCUGGUGCUAAGCGUUCGGCUAUUGAUGACUUUACAACAGUUCCAACCAAACGCAGUACAGAUGAUUACACUAAACGUGGUUCUGAUUAUAUGGCUUCAUCCUCCUCUAAACGUGGUCUAGACGAUUAUAGUUCGGGAAGCAAAACGUCACGCGACGACUAUAAGCGUGAAGUUGAAAUACGUCAUAUGCCUUCAUCUAGCAGUGUUGUUGCGGGAGGCAGCUCUUAUCAUUCCAGUUCCUCACUGCAUAAGAGUUCAGGUGGUAGCGGACGUUAUGAUGAUCGUAACUCAUCACAUACUUACAGACGUAUGGAUGACAUGAGUGGCAAACGUUACGACAGUUCUGCUGGUUAUGGCGCUAGUUCAAGUGGCAAUGCUGUUUGGGCCUCAUCUUCAUCAUCGCACAUGGGUGGUGGAAGUAGUUCAUCUAUGAAGUAUUCCAGUAAUGGCAUGCCAACAGGUCUUCACAAUUCAGGCUCUGGCUGGCCUAAAUCCAAUCCAACAGAUGAUAAUAGUUGGCGUACCAUUCCUUCAUCACAAGAUCGUUAUGAUCGCACCUAUAAUGAGCGUUCCAGUGGUGGUUAUCCCAGUGCCGGUGGUGGUGGUGGCAUGUAUAAUAGUGGCGGCAGUCGUCAAGGGCAAGAUCGUUAUGGUGGCCCAGUAUCAUCACGCUAUUAGACCCUCAUCCGAUUAAACACUGAACAAGAAGCCAUUUAGCAAACGUUUAAAACGUGUUUUUAUGUUUUUUGAGGAACUCUUUUCAAAUGGUCAUUUCGAAGUUCCAUUUUCAUUAACGUUUAAUUAAUUGGAAAUUUAAAUUUUUUUAACUUUGUUUUAUUCAUGAAUUUUUAUUUUCAAAAUAAUUUGGCAUUACGAAAAUAGGAAACAAUGUUAAAUUGUUUUUACUCUUGUUUUUGUUUAUGCGUUAAUUUUUUUUUAAUUAUUAUUUGAAUCAUUACUUUUUUUCAUCUGAAAAAAAAACACAAAUCCUUGAUACCCAAUUACAACAUUACAUACAUACAUUUUAUAUUGUAUGUUCGUUUAUGCUUAUGUUCUUAGAUGCACUUUAAACGUCUAUUUCGCAUUAUCCACAAAUAAAUAAUAAUUUUAGAAUUAAUAAAAAA